AUGGCGGGUUGUUCGUCUUGCCGAAAUAAAUUGGUUGCUCUGGUCGGGUUGUUAUCAGUGGCGCUGUAUUACUACACUCGAGAUACGACUUCAACGGCUUGCCAAGAUUUUAAUUCAGCCCCUUUAACGACCCCAGAAUUUAAGAGUAAGAUUUUGAUAUGAAAAUACAAUUUCCUCUAAAGUUUCUCGAAAGGUAGUGCUUAGAAUCAACUUAAGUUUUGCUCGAAUUUCUGUAUGGGCCAUAGAAUAUCUUCUAAGAAUAGUAGUUGUCGCCUUAUAUGGACAGUGUCUUCAAAUCGAAAUUUGAGAAAAAGAGACGCUUUUUCGAUGGCCUUUGUUCAAAAUUCUCUGUGAAUGUGAUUUCUGCAAAACGCGGAUAAAUAUAUCGCUUUUGUCAUAGAAAUUUUAGCUGCAAGCUGUCCCGAGUUUUGUCUGGGAACUUACCCCUUAUUUAUGCUUUAAAAAUACACUUUUUUUCUCAAAUCUUAUCUCUUAUCUCUCAGAUGGCGGAGUUUCCCAUCGAAUAGUGGUUGUCACCGAUUUGGAUCAGCAUUCUCUAGUGCAAGGCGGGAAGAAACCCACAUGGCGAUCGUUUGUACAUACGGGUACUAUUACUAUAAAGGACGAUAAGGUGACUGUGGAAUGGGAUGAGAAGGAACAUGAGAUCAAAUCUCAAUUCUCCAUGGGAGGAAGAGCAAUGGAACUGUCUGAUUUGACUGUUUUUGACGGAAAGUUGUUGUCCAUUGAUGAUAGAACCGGGAUUGUUUAUCAAAUCACUUCCGAUUUCAAAGCAAUUCCUUGGGUUUUUUUGAAUGAUGGACCUGGAAAUACAUCUAAAGGACUGAAGGUAAGGUCAAUUUUUAUGGCUUCCAUUUUGGAAAAUACGAUCCCUGUACGUGAUAACCCUUAAUUCUGACGUUUUUUAAUUCAAAUGCCUCCAGGGAGAAUGGAUGACAGUAAAAGAUUGCAAUCUCUACGUUGGUGGGCUUGGCAAAGAAUGGACGACAACUGAGGGAGUUUUCGUCAACCACGACCCGAUGUAUAUUAAAAAAGUUUCACCAAAAGGGCAUCUGGAGCAUGUUAGAUGGGUUGAUGAAUAUAUUGCACUGAGGAAAGCUGCCGGAGUAGUGGAUCCAGGAUACAUGAUCCACGAGAGCGCGCAAUGGUCGGAGGUUCAUAAGAAAUGGUUCUUCCUGCCAAGGUGAGUAAAAUACUGGAAAUUUUAUAAUUUGUUAUUUUCAGACGGGUCUCCGAAAACGAGAUCUACACCGAGGCUACUGAUGAAUUCAAAGGUUCAAAUCUUUUGAUAAUAGCUUCUGAAGACUUUAAAGAUAUCACGGUAAAGCCAAUUGGAGAGAAAGGAACUGGCUCCAGAGGAUUCAGCUCUUUCCAAUUUGUGCCAGGCACCAAUGAUGAGCUUAUUGUUGCGCUAAAGUCAGAAGAAAAAGAUGGAGAGCCGGUUGGUAGUUAUAUUACUGUGUUUAACUGGAAAUCCGGCAAAGUUUUAUUGGAAGACACCAAGCUCCGAGGGGCCUUUAAAUUCGAAGGAAUCGCUUUUGCAUUUUAG